AUGGGGUCACAACGCAAAAAUACCUUAUGUUUGAACUUCAAGAACGUACGGAAAAAGCCGUCGAAUCUGUCCUUACAUAGAUGGAUACGCAAUGUUUUCAAAUUUUCCGUCGAUCAAGUCAUGGCUAUUCAAUUUGAUAACAUAAAGCAUACAGUUUUCAUCAAAUUAGUAUCAGAGUUACUAGUGAAACAAACAGUGAGUAAAUAUGAGAAUGGAACUGUGAAAUACUCUGAUGAAGAAGGACUUGAAUAUGAUGUGUUUGUGUCCGAAGAAACUGAGGAAAUCUUCGUGAAGGUAUUUGAUUUUCCAGUCGAAUUGCCAAACAGUAAAAUCCAAGAAGCUCUAGAAAAAUUCGGAACUAUAAAAUAUAUCAGGAAUGAAAUCUACAGAGGAGAGGAAUUAUACAAUGUGGAAACUGGUGUUAGAUUUGUGUCAAUGAUAAUGCGGAAACCCGUUCCUUCCUAUAUCAAGAUUGGAAAUUUGGUAUCGUUAGUAACCUAUAGAAAUCAAGAAAGAACCUGCAUGUUUUGUGAUGAUAUUGGCCACGAGAGGAAGGACUGUCCCAAGAAGCCAUCAAAUAGAGCGAACGCAAUUCGUAGACCGAUAGCUCCCAUCACGGGCCCUGAAGGAGACAAAAGUCCCGCAGAAAACCCGACUGCGACAUACGCAAAUGUCACUGCAAAUAAUAGAGAAGAUUGGAAUGAAAUAAUCGAAACCGAAAUGAGGGGUGGAAGUAUGGUAAAAACGCCAUGUCCUGUAGAUGACACACAAAAUAUCAGUAACGUUACCCAAGAAUUCAUUGAAGAAACACAAGAGAUUGAAGAAACACAAGAGGUUGAAAUAUUAAGGGCAACUAGUGAAGAACGUGAAGGAAACUUAGACCAAUCAAAUGCUGAAUCAGAAUCAGACCUGGACAUCAUUCCAGGAACAGAAGAACAAGUGAAACGAGAUGCAGACAGAUGGGAAAAAUUGAAAAGACGACAUCGUAGGAAAGAACAAUCAAGCUCAGAAGAAGAAAGAAAAGUCCCGAAGCUCCUGAUCAACUUGAAAGACAGGAAGACUAAUAUAAAAAACAAAAGCACGCAUGAGGGCAUCCAGAAGCAAGGUACUGAACAAAAUUUAUCUGAUCAAGACACGUUUUAG